GCCACGACAUCGAACACAGCAACCGCCACAGAAUAAUUGCGUGCCGCCGCUCGAGGUGCAGGGAUGCUCGCGGCACAAUUGCUUGACUUCGACUGCAGCAGCUGCUGGUCAUAGGAUGCACUGCAUUCACCUUAUCUCGAACCGCAACCCGCCAAUAAACGAUCAUGCGCGGGUUAGGGAGUGUUUGCCUGCGAUGUCGGGUCAGGCUGCUCAUCGCAUCCCAAGCUCGAGCGCGCCGCGGAAUAUCGAGUCACUGCGGCACUGCGGUUGCUGAAAAUGAUCAGCGUGACGGUCAGGUGCAGGACGAAGGCCAGGUUAGUCCCGCGACGCCUAUGCCUCGGGGCCCUUCGGGCGAUGCGCAACCCACUGCGCCGACACAGCCCCCUCGACACGUCCCGUCGUCUCGCCAGUCCUCGUCUCUUGCCAUGUUCCAGAGCAUCGUGAAGAGCCAGGCCGAGGCGCCUUCCAUGUCUGGGGUCCAGGGACCCGGGACGGUCGGCAUCGAGCUGGUGACAGAUGUGGCGAAGAUACAAAUAAUGCUGGAGCGGGAAGGCGCCUCGAUCGCCGCGGCAUACUCGUAUUUCGAAGAGACCGUAUAUCCUCAGAUCGUCAAGCCCGGCACCGUUGUUCCCCAGAUUGUAAAGAACCAGAUUGCCGGGGUCCUCCUGAACCCGCUGGCUCUCCAGAAGCCGCAGGAUUUCGACCUGGACCGUCUUCCAAGCGUUUCCCGUAUCACGGAGAUCAUGAUCGCGCUUGAUGUCCUCAAGCCUUCCGCCUGGGCUACGCUGGUGAUCGAGUUGGUCCAGCACAUCUACCGGCAGAAGACGGACCCCGACGCCUACAGCUCAGUGAAAGAUUACGAGAACGCCAUGGCGCGACGAGAUGCUCUGUUGCGCGAUCUGCUGGGGUCCUGGAGGGUCUUCUGCGAGCAAAGAGCACCCGCCCAAGGCGGUUUCUCACCCAAGCCCCGAGGGUCGGACCACCUCAAAGCUAAGGCCUUCCGUGGAGAUGGAAAGCCGCAGCAGCGGCCUCACCUACAAGAGGCAUUCGGAGCCAUGUUCCCCCAAUACAUGCUCCCGACUCUGACCCGGCCAACUUUCGCAGCCUUUGCAACCUAUAAGCUGUUGACGGAUCCCGUGAAUCGCUCCCGGUCCGUGAAGGGAGAGGCUGCGCCGUUCCUCCAGAUGAUGAAGGGUCUCAUUUUCCAAGCGCGGCCACCGCGUCGCAACGACUUCGGGGCGAUAUUCGACACUUUCCCGGAUCUCCCACGGUUCAUGUGGCCGACAAGGCAGGGAAACAAUGACGGCAACGCCUUUAUGGAUUCCGCUUCGGUCUUUGGAGAUGAAUCGGAACAGCUGACGGUAACUGUCCAUCGGCAGCUGGGGGACGCGAUCAAGGGCAGGAAUCUGGGACUGGUGAACAAGGCAUGGCAGGAGUUCUGGGGGAAGGCGCCCGUGCCCGAUGCUGGGCGCAUCGCGGAGCUUGCCAAGCACCCGGAUAUGUUCGACUACUUUAUCCUAGCCUACACCAUGAUGCGGCGGUUCCGCGAGGCCACCGGAGUGUGGAACAGCAUGGAGCGUAUCGGCAUCAAAGCGACCAUCAAGACAUGGAACUCGAUGCUGCAAGGCUGCGUCAAGGCCAACAACGCCCCCGGCAUCAAGACGGUCUGGGACAAGCUGAUAAGAUCGGGCGCCAAGCUGGACAUUGCUAUCUGGACGGCACGCAUACAUGGACUCUUUGUCUGCGGCGAACCACAGGCCGGCCUCCGCGCGCUCGACGAGAUGGCCAAGAUCUGGGCAGCGCGUCAUGACCCCCAAUACGCCGCCAUGGCGGUGCAACCCACGGUCGAGCCCGUCAAUGCGGCGCUCGCCGGGCUCCUCCGCCUCAAACGCGACGGCGACGCCACCAAGGUGCUGUCCUGGGCCGCCAAGCACGGCAUCGACCCGGACAUCUACACGUUCAACACCCUCCUCCGCCCGCUCGUCCGCCGCGGCGACAUGAAGGGCAUCGACGAGAUCUUCGACACGAUGCGCAGCAUCAACAUCCGCGCCGACGUGGCCACCUUCACCGUCCUGCUGGAAGGCACCCUCAACCACAUCGGCGACCUCGCGCCCGAGCAGCAGGUCGCGCUGGUCGAGCGCGUUCUCUCAGCCAUGAGAUCGGCGGGCAUUGAGAUCAACAUGCAGACGUACGCCAAGAUCCUCCACCUCCUCCUGCGCGAGGGCGACCGCGCGGGCGAGCCGGUCAAGGCGGUCCUCGGCCACAUCUGGCGGCGCGGACUCGAGCUGUCGUCGCACAUCUACACGAUGCUGGCGGAGCACUACUUCUCGCUCGACCCGCCCGACGCGGCGGCGGUGACGGCGCUGAUCGAGAACCGGCGCCUGCACGAGAACCGGGGCAUCGACCGCGUCUUCUGGGAGCGCGUCAUCAAGGGCUACGCGCAGGCCGGGGAGCUGCAGCGCGCGCUGAGGAUCUUCGACCGCGUCUUUGUCAGCGGUACCACCAUCACGCUGGCAACGCUACACGAGCUGCUGAAGCCCUUGGUGGCGGUGGGCGACGUGGCCGCCGCGGAACGGCUGGUCGAGGCGGCGAGGAAAAUCGGAAGGGCGGACGGGGAUGCCACGGGUGUUACGGGUAUUGGGGGGGCUGAGGGCCGGCGGUUCUGGCGCCAUCGGUUCUGGCACCUGGCGUACGAGGCAGGCCUGAUGGGUGAGCAGCUGGCGGAGAGGUUUCGCGAGGCGAACGCGGGCCCGCUGUGAUGGGGGGCAAAGAGGGCGUAAAAGUCCAGAAAAAGAACAUGUUGAAACUUGAUGGGGUUUGCGUCGGUCCGCGGCCAUCGAUAUAUUUUUACCUUGCCAGUCCGGUUUUCAGAUCCCUGAAGAUGGAAGCCGUCGUCGCGAAGUGUGGUUGUUGUAUCAACAACUUAAUAGAUGCGAAGCGGAUCAUUUUGUCGAUUAAGCUUCAUCUACUAACGUUUUACCUUUUACCUGACCAAGGGCCUCGUCCCCCUGCAGGGUCGAGGUACUCAUCCGACUCAUUAGCCCAUUCCAUCA